UGCCCGCCCGCUGCCUGCCUGCUGCCGGGCCCCAUGGCGAGCACGUCGGCGGAGAUCAUCGCCUUCCUGCUGACCAUCUCGGGCUGGGUGCUGGUCUCCUCCACGCUGCCCACCGACUACUGGAAGGUGUCCACCAUCGACGGCACGGUCAUCACCACCGCCACCUUCUGGGCCAACCUCUGGAAGACCUGCGUGACCGACUCCACCGGCGUCUCCAACUGCAAGGACUUCCCAUCCAUGCUGGCGCUGGACGGUUACAUCCAAGCCUGCAGAGGACUGAUGAUCUCCGCCGUCUGCCUGGGCUUCUUUGGUGCCAUUUUUGGACUAGUUGGGAUGAAGUGUACAAAAGUCGGAGGCUCCGAUCAGACUAAAGCAAAAAUAGCUUGUUUAGCUGGACUGAUUUUCAUACUGUCUGGGUUGUGCUCUAUGACUAGUUGUUCCCUGUAUGCAAACAGGAUUACGUCUGAGUUCUUUGAUCCUUCUUUUGUUGCACAAAAGUAUGAAUUAGGAGCAGCUUUGUUCAUUGGAUGGGCUGGAGCUUCACUCUGCAUAAUUGGUGGCAGUAUAUUCUGCUUCUCAAUAGCUGAAAACAGUAAUUCUCCAAGGAGGGGCUAUGCAUAUAAUGGAGCCACAUCUGUGAUGUCUUCUCGUACAAAGGUCCACAACAGUGUCCCAGACAAAACCCCACCAAAGCACUUUGACAAGAACGCUUAUGUUUAAUUGUACUAUUUGAAGAUUCAGAGCGUUUUAAAAAUGAGUUUGUACGUUUCAUUCAGAGUGAUUUUCCCCCCUGACCCCAAUGUACUUACCACUAAGACAAUGACUUUUUAAAAUAUUAACUCGCAGCUUUUUACAUAUUGAUGUAAAUUUUAUUAUAUAAUAUUUUAAGAUUGAUGUUGGUAUUGUAAAGUUUAUACCUGGAAAUCAUGAGCUGAUGUUGCUUUCCUGAAAAAAAUAAAUGAGGUAUU